CCUCGCAGUGUCUCUUUUGCUCUCACUGAUGAUGCUGAACAUGCUCAAUAGCCCAGUAACAGCAUCUUCCAUUGUAGAUUGCUGUCUUGGUUACAUAAAAGGGAGGGUACCAAUGAAACAUAUCGCUGGCUAUGUGGAACAAAAUUCCAAUGAAAUGUGUGACAUUGAUGCCAUUAUACUCCAGACUUUUGGAGGACUGCAAUACUGCACCAAUCCCAAACGCACCUGGGUGAAAAUUGUAUUGAGACGGCUGAGCAAAAGACUGAAGGAAAUGUCGAAUCAGAGCUAAAUUGCUUUGCCAAUUUUAAACUAUUUCUGUUAAGAGCUUUACUUUUAGAAAAAAAGCAUCCCUGCAUAGCAUCUAUGUAACAAUGUAUUGCUUAAUUGCUUGAAGGCAGUAUAAGCCAUUAAUAGUUAUUCACAUUGUGAAUAUAUUGUAAAUGUUCAG